GAGGAGGAGAGGGGGGCCGUCCUGCACUCCCAUCCAGCCUGGACUGUAGGGAGCGUUUAGUGUGCUAACCCAGAUACCAGACACAACACAGAGCCAGAGAGCCAGCUGAGGACCUGACAGAGCACAGGCAUGAACGACAUCAAGCUGGCCCUGCUGGGACGCCAGGGGGCUGGGAAAUCAGCUGUCCUUGUGCGCUUCCUGACCAGACGCUUCAUCGGCGAAUAUGCCUCGGACACCAAUUCCCUGUACCAUAAAAGGCUGUCCAUCGAUGGCAGGCAGCUGAACCUGGAGGUUUUUGACCCCUGCUCUCAGAGCUCGGAGGCCAGGUGUAUUCUGGAGGAGCCGGUGGACUGGGCCGACGGCUUUGUGGUGGUCUACAACAUCAAUGAUCGCACUUCCUUCAUCGACGCCAAGGACAUCCUGCGGCAGAUUCGGGAGGAUCGAGUCGACCACUGCAAGGGGGAGAUGGAGGUUCCUGUGUGUCUGGUGGGUAACAAGCAGGACCUGUGCCAUGCCAGGCAGGUACUUGAGGACGAGGGCCGCGGCCUGGCGCAGGAGAACCACUGUUACUUCCAGGAGGUGUCGGCGGCCGAGAGCUACCAGGACAUCGCCAACCUCUUCACACAGCUCAUCCGACAGGUGAUGGAGCACCUGAAGUACAGAGCUGACCGGCGACGCUACAGCGGCUCCAAGUCUAUGGCCAAACUCAUCAACAACGUGUUUGGCAAGAGGAGGAAGUCGGUGUGAUGGCUCCAGUGAAGCCUGUGGACCAUCAGCUGGAGGGACGGGGAUGUUGUGUGUGUGGAUCCAUGAUAAAGGGAACCAACCGAGAGGUUAUGUACUGUUUGGGAAACCUGUUGAGUAUAGACACAAUGGUUAGACCCCAACGUUUUGUUCAGUGAGCAACAUGGAUGGUUGGUGGGAAGGUUUGGAUGGUGUCGGGCCUGCCACUGACAAAACUUUAAGAAAAUGACUUGUACACACAUGUGGAACUUGUUAUUAAGUUGGGAUAAAAGAAAGGAGUAAUUAUGUUGUUGUGAUCAAAACAAAGAAGAUCAUUAUUGAAUAGGGCAGUGGCCCCCAACCUGACGGAUGGGACCCUCAGAUGGACUCACAUGAUGAUUAAAUGGACAUGCAGCAGUAAAGCAAAACACACAUUUUCCUAUUCAGUAUUUAAAAAUACAUCCAAAACUAGAAUUUCGAGACCCAAAUUUCUCCUCAUUAAACCACAUUUAAAUUCACUAGUCAAUUGAUUCACCAAAUUAUACACAUUCAUGAAUAUCAGUUCCCUAAACAUGUCCGAUUUUUUCCAACAAGAUCCUGGGAUUAUUACCUCGGAAAUCAACGAAACUUUUGAACAACGCCAGCAAAGUUAAAGAAAGUGGGAGAAAAAAAUCACUGGAUUUUCACCAAAAUGUAACACCCUCUUUCUUGAUCCAUACCACAUCCCUCCACCAAGUUUCUUGCUUACAAUCAAACCAACAAAACAGCCCAAGAAGAUAGACGGCUGCUCUCCAUUUAUAAUCUGUGGCUUCUUUAUUUCUCAUGUUAAACCAGUAACAAACUCUUCAGACAAUUCCUCUGUUCCUCUUGAGACACAUUAUAAAGGCAGACGUCUGAUGAGCCACUGAUGAGCCACAGCCUCCCUCGCCUGUGUUCUCACAGUUUGUUAUACUGCAGCACCACGCUGACUGAACAUGUCGACACGUCACAUUCAGACCUUGCUUUUGGCAUCUCACUGCAGCUGUGUCCUGCAGCUGUGCCGACAACUGUUCAAACUGCUUUUCUGUAUAGAGGGGGGGCGAAGCUCUUAAAGUCAGUUUGGAGCAGCAAGAUGCCCAAGUCUUAUUUAUGAUGAGGGAAAAAGUCUUUUUUGAUGCAUUUCACUGACACUUUCAUGAACAUUAUAUAUAGAUAUUUUAAAUAAUUCUUUGAAAAUAAUGCACAUUUUUGAAGGGCAGUCAUAUUUUAAAGUUGAUUCCUAUUCUUUUAAGUAUAAGCUCCGAGGGGUUGAUCCCCACAGAACAAAGCAGUAUCAUUGUUUCCCCAGAAAGAGGGUAUUUUCUGGUAGUUUCUCCUCACUCCUGUCGAUGCUUAAGGGCAGAGGAUGUGGCACCUUGUUAAACCCCAUGAGACAAACUGUGAUUUGUGAAUAUGGGCUAUAGAAAUAAAAUUUGAUUUGAUUUGAAUUUGAUUUGAGGUACCCAGACAACUUCUUGUACUCUAUAGGAGAAAAGAUAAAUGGAUCAAGUGAUUAUUCACUUGACUGAUAAGUGGGGCAUCUUAAAUAUAGUGAAUUCAGGUAAAGACACAAGCUAUAAAUUAUAGAUUAAAAGAAAAUGGAGAUGAUGAUGAUAAUGGUGGUGCUGGGGGAGAGGUUGGAGACCAGUGGAGCAAGCAUGGGGGUAGCUGGUGCCAUGAUGGAGACUUACAUCGCAGAGCAGGGAGAUGAAAGCAUGGGGGUGAUGAAGGGAGCUUUGUGGGACAUGAUGACGGGCCAGGGGUUGGAGUCAGGGGACGAGACGGAGCAGAGAGAAAUGCUUGGGAAAGGACACAUACCGGCAUCAGGAUAAAACAGAAUGGUAACUCCCAAUUUAAGAAAAAAAGAGUGAAGAGGAGGCUAUGAUGAGGCAGAGUGUUGGUGUCAGACCUGGUUAUUUACUGUAUCAGAAAAUCAAGUGGCAACCAUUUUGAUUUGAAUCGAUUUAUUGUUUAGGCCAUUUUGAAAGCAAAAACUUUAUAGGAGCUUUACCCAGAAUUUUCAAACAAUCAAUCAGUGUAUCAGUAAAAUAUUUGUAUUUCACUCAUAGAUGUAUUGAUACUGAAAGUAAUUGUUGGCUGCAGCUUUGCAGUUUUUCUAUGGAUGAAGGACGACCUAUGAUAGUGGACAUUUUACUUUAGUGCUACACAUUUCUAACAAGUAUAUGAUUAAUCAAAUCAAGCGCAGGAAUUAGAAGGAUUGAAUCUGCAGCCUUUGGGGCCCAGGGGGUCAGUGGCCCUGGUGCAGCUGCCUGCUUGUUAGUGUUGUUAUCAUAUCUCCCUCUCUGAAUGCUCACAUAGCCACAAUUAAAUACAUCAUUUAAAUGUAUUCACCAGUGCAAUGAAUUAUAUCACCAUUUAGUUUGAUAGAUUAUGUUGAUUACAAAUGUAAUCAUUAUUUUAUGUGUUUUUUACAGGACAAAACAUGUCUAAGUCUAAUAAAUACCAAUUAAGUGCAUUCAGUCCUGUGUUGUUGUUCUUAAAUCCAGUUACGUCACCAUGAUGCUGUAGAGAAAGAAUGUUCCACACAUGGUGAAAAAUAACUGAUUCAAACACAUAUGCAGUGAUUUAUUGGUGAAUGUUCUUUUUGUAAAUACUGUGAAAAUAUUGGUUGUUCCAGAAGAAAUUAAACUGAAACAUUCUCUAAUGA